CGGGCCGGCGCCGCACGCUACCAUGUUUCUCGUCGCGUUCCCGUCUGAGUUGCUACGAAAACUCGAAAAGCAUGCGUUGCUGCGAGGCCUGGAAGCUGGAACACACGCCGGCCCUUCUCUGCCGGUCCUCCUCAACCUCGCGCUACCUGGGAUUCCUCCUCAGCGUUCUCGGCCACCCUGUCGUGACAUCCAUUGCUGGCAGGCUGCAGAGGACUCCUGUAAAGGUGGCGCUUCGCUUGGGCCUUCAGAUGGGCCAGAGCGUGCUCCCGAAGAGCACUGACGAAGCAAGGAUCAAGGAGAACAUCGACAUCUUUGGCUGGUCCAUUCCUGAAGAGCUGAUGGCCGAGUUCUCUGAAAUCGAACAGGUUAAGCUGCUCAGAGCAGAGUUUGGAGUGAACCCGAUGAAUGGUUACAAGACGCUGGAGGAUCUGUGGGAUGGUGAAUUCUGAACCUGGAGUGAUAGUUUGUUUUGCACUCUUGAGUGAAAAGCACAGCGCCACCAUGUCGGGCAAAACAUAUCCCCGGUUACAUUUGCUUAUCAUCCAAAGUACAGCGUAAAACUUCCUCUUGAACAGCUCAGAGAUGGUCUCAUGGUCUCUGUCUGGUUCAGUUGAUGGGGCCAUCCGAACAUGGAAGUAGAAUGGGAUUCUCUCCUUUUCUUCUCAUGUUAAGCGCAUGUGAUCUGCUGGA